GGAAGUGCAAAAACUCAACCUACCCUCCUCGAAGAAGAAACAGAAAGCUCGAACUAAUCAGAAAAGUUAAAAGUCUUCGUCCUUCCUCGCUCGACAGGUCGUAUACCCUUCUCUUGAAACCCUAGAACCGAUGAAGCCUCGUCGAUGAACACUUAAAAUUGCACGCUGCUAGGGUUUCUCUCUCUCUCUCUCUCUCAGGCUAAUGCCCUUCUAUCUCUGAAUUCACACAAUACUGAGAAUGAGUGGAUCUGGGAGGAAACGUGUUUCGAAAUGGGACGCCAAGCAAGAAAACAUUCAGAAUGGGAACGAUUACGUUGAGAAGUCAGGUUCUUAUCACCGUGACAAAGAUCCUGAGCAUGCAGGCUUCUAUCCAGAGGGUAAUGGUAGAAAUGGAAGCAGGAGAUCUGUUCCUGAUGAUGAUGACGACGGCGAGCGUCUGAAAUCUAGACAACAUCCAGGAGAAGCUUGGCCUUCCAGAGGCAGAGUUUCGCAUGAAGAAGGUGAUGACGCCAUGAUGAGUUACUAUGAUACUAGAAAGUCUUCUGAACAAGAUGAAAGUAGGCAACCGUAUUGGGACAGGCCUAGAACCCGUAGGAGCGGAAGUAGAAGUAACAGCAGGAGCAUGAGCCGUAGCCGUAGCCGUAGCAGAAGUCCAUUGCAGAGAGUAAGGCGAGAUGCAAGAGGAUCCUAUGACAGACACAAGACGAGAGAUAAUGAUGGUCGAUACAGUAGAGCUGGUGACUAUGAUUGGGAAGCUAAGAAUAGAGAUACUAAAUACUAUAAUGAAGACUCACGAGAACAGUAUCCCUUGAGGAGGUCUGAUUAUCCAGAGGAUCAUAGUAACUCAAGAAGAGAAACAUCAGAUCCUAUCUUGAGAAGCCACAGAGACAGAAGGGAUGUUCCCGAGAGAGAACACAACAGGGUCUCCAAUGUUCCGUGCAGGUACUUUCCGCUAGGGAACUGUCGUAAUGGCACAAGUUGCAGAUUCUCUCACCAUGGUGCGAGGAGAAGUCUUGAGAGAAAGCCGCAAGACCAGAUGUUUAGUAGACAUGACAGUGGUGGCACAACAGAGAGGAUGCGGAACAGUCAUAGAUGGAACGAAAGGUCAGAUACAGGGAAGUCUAAUGAGGGAUCUAAGGGUGAUAAUAAUAAUAAUAAUGGUAGCUGGAUUGGUGAUAUGGAGAUGUCUCCAGAUUGGAACUAUGGAGUUAAAACUUUGAAGAAUCCUCUGAAGGAAGAGCAUGGUGUAGUUAAAGAUAUUUUAGCACCUGCUUAUGAGCAUGGUUCUGCAGCUAUAUCUCAUUCGCAUCAUGGUUUCAGUAAUAACAACAUCGCUAACACAGCUCCUCCAGUGCAAGUAUUCAAUCAGAACAUUGAGAAUCAUAGUGCAGUGCCUUACCAAUGCACACCACUAGCUGUUGGAGGAAGUCAAGUGCUGCCGCCACCUCCUCCUGCUGUUACUACUACACAUCUUCCUGAGAAUGGAAUUGCUCAAAACACUGUGAGUAGGGAAGAGCUUAAUCAUAUUAGUAACAUCUCAGCAUCUCUAGCACAGUUUUUUGGAAACGGGCAGCCGAUUCCGCAGCUUCAAUCUACUUUGAACCCAAAACAGGCAAUGCAGGUGCCUGAAGUGUAUGGGAAAGAGGAACAGUCUUCACAUGCUCAAAGUGACCUCCUUAACUCCAUUCAGACCGGAGUAGUUCCAGCUGUACAGAUACUCAACAGCGACACUUUGAUCUCAUUAGCUGGAAAUCCAAAGGCUUCUUCUGAUGAAGACAGGGACAAAAAGAUAGACGAAGAAGCCAGCAAAGAGCCAGAUGUGAGAAAGACAGAACAAGAAGGAGGAGAAGAGACCGGGAAGGAUGCUGAGGAAGAAGAAGAAGAAGAUGAAAACAGCAAGAAAGAAAAGGAUCCAAAGGGAAUGAAAGCGUUUAAGUUCGCUCUGGUGGAGAUUGUUAAGGAGCUUCUAAAACCUGCUUGGAAAGAAGGUGGGAUGAAUAAGGAUGCUUACAAAAACAUAGUCAAGAAGGCAGUUGACAAAGUUACAGGCGCAAUUCAAACCGGAAACAUUCCUCAGACACAAGAGAAGAUAGACCAUUAUCUAUCAGCUUCAAAACCAAAGCUUACCAAGCUUGUCCAGGCAUAUAUUAGCAAAGUGAAGAAGAGCUAAUAUAAAUUGAAAUGGAACUCCAUUGUUUCUUUAUACAAAACGGCCACGAUGGAUGGAGCUGCUGAGAAAUGUUUGUUAUAACUUGUGCUUCUCUUCGGGGAUCACGCAAGCUUAUGUUUGGUUCAUGUUGUCAGAUUAUAUAGAAGAGGUAGAUCAAGUUUCAUGAUGUUAUCAAAUCUAUGUGUCUUUAGACAUGUUUUUUUUGUCUUGAAAUGCUUUUGUUCUUUACCAAAAGCACAUGUUUAUACUCUGAACUAUUUGCUCGAGUUUUUUUAGGAAAAUUCUAUCCGUUUCAAAUUUACAU